AUGGUCUCAGAUGGUUUCUCCUUCUUUUCCUCCCAGAGUCUCAGCUUCUUUGGCCUUUGUGGCAGAAAAUCAACAGCUGAAGCUGGACAGAAGGCCUGGAUGACCUGUGGAGCUGGAGAGGAGAGAACCAUCCCAGCUUUAGAGCGGCUCAGACCUGAUCUGAGGCCAGAUGUUGUGUUUUUGUACAGAGAUGGUCGCUUUGAGAACCGGGUGGAUCUGCAGGACAGACAGAUGAAGGAUGGAGACGUGUCUCUGACUCUGAAGGAUGUGACCGUAAAGGAUACAGGAACAUAUCAGUGUAGAGUCAGUGAGACACAAGAAAGAAACAGAGAAAUGUUCAAGAAACCACCUUCACCAUCCAUCUGGACAGUCUCAGCUUCUUUGGCCUUUGUGUAUCGGAGCUCCUGCUAA